AUAAAAAAAAUCCUUUGCAAAAAGGCAACUACAACAGCAGCAUGAAUGUGGCAAACGGAGAUAGAGUGGUGAUAUGGGACUUUUCUAACAAAACAGUGACUACAACAACAACUACUCAUCAUGCUGCUCCGCUGCUGGUUACAGAGAAGGAUCCAAGGGCUAAUGCCAAUGCUCGUCCCCGCCGCCGCAACCACAUUCGUAGCCAAAGGGCUAAUGCUAAUGCGCCUCCCACUGGCAACCACAUUCAUGGUCAAUGGACACCGGAUCAGGACAUGACUCUGGAAGCAUUAGUGAAUGAGAAUAAGCUGAAGAAAUGGUCACAAAUUGCAAAAUUACUUGGUGGCAGGAAUGGGAAGCAGUGUAGAGAGAGAUGGCACAACCAUCUCCAGCCAAAUCUUAAGAAAGGGCCAUGGACUUGGAAAGAAGACAUGAUUCUGAUCAAAGCCCACAAGGAAGCUGGUGGAAACAAAUGGGCUGAGAUUUCAAAGAGAUUGCCAGGUAGGACUGAUAACUCCAUCAAGAAUCGUUGGAAUACAAUUAAGAGGAGUAGGCCCACAAAAAAGUACAAGUUCAUUAAGCCCAAUAACAACAAUAAUUUUGAUGGGUCAAAAAUGCUCAAAGCCUAUAUCGAUGCAGUGGCUGCAGCCCAAGCAGAAGUAGCAACUUUAUCAAAGUCAAAGUCAAAGAAUGAUUCCAACAAGAAUAAGGGCAAGGCCAGGGUUAAAAUUGAUCUCAAUUCUAUUCCCUUGGAGUUUCCAAAUGAUGACGUCAUCAACAUUCAUGGAAGUGAUGUUGGUGGUGAAUAUGGCAACUGGGUUUAGGGUUGUGCGGUGAAUGGUUGUAGGAUAAGAGCUGGUGGAUAAGCUCAUAAGGCUAUUUUACAUUCGAUUUUUUAAAAAUUUGAAAAGUUGGAUUUAUGGAUUGAGUGUUCUAUUUAUGAAUUUGAGUUUGUUUUGUUAAGGUAUUGUCAAACUUUAGUUUUAUUAUUUUUUGGUGUUAUUAAUGUUGUGAUUUGUGAAGAAUGUUUUCAUUUGAAAAUGGAUCGAUUUUCAAAUUUAAACGAGGCUCUUGAAUGAUGCUUUUGUUGCUAGCGGAGUUGGAUUA